GGUCAGUGCAACCAACCAGACACCUACCUUAUGUGUCACAAAACCCGAUCCAAGCUUGUGUAUCCACUCCCUACCUAGUUUUCUUAGUUCAUGUUGUCUACUUUUUCUUUCUCUUUUCUUUUUACUUUGUUCUUCUCACAGCCACCAUGAGUUCAACGGCAGUGAGGGUGGGUCUACGAGUUCGUCCUUUGACCCAGAAAGAACAAUUCAGCAAUUGUGCCGAAUGUCUUACAUUCAUUCCAAAUGAACCUCAAAUCCUGAUCGGUACCGACAAGUCGUUUACGUAUGACUACGUGUUUGAUAGCGAUUCCCAUCAAGCACAAGUAUACGCAACCGCGGCGGCUCCCUUACUGCACAAGUUCAUGGAAGGGUUCAAUGCCACCAUUUUAGCUUAUGGUCAAACCGGUUCAGGCAAGACAUAUAGCAUGGGAACUGGUCUAGACAACGGUGCCAACCCAGAAAACGAAGGUAUUGUGCCUCGCUGCAUCGUCGAGCUCUUCCGCACAUUACAGGAGAAGGCCGAGGCGAAUCCUAAUUUCAAAUACGAGAUCUUUGUAUCGUUCCUUGAACUUUACAAUGAAGAACUGCUCGAUUUGCUCAAUUCACCCACAACGCAACGACGUAAAAGUGGGUCCAUGUCAAUUCCUCCUACCGAGGUCACGAUCCGCGAAGAUAUUGCUGGCAACAUUUACUGGAGUGGCGUCAAGGAAGAACCUUGCUACAGCCCAGAAGAGCUUUUAGGAUUCCUUGCCAAAGGAUCACUAUGCAGAACAACCGGUUCCACAGACAUGAACUCGGUUUCUUCUCGAUCACAUGCCGUAUUCUCAGUCAUCUUAAAACAACAACGUCCAGAUGACAAUGACGAAAACUCAAUCACAUCAAUCACCAGCAAAUUCCACUUUGUUGACUUGGCGGGAUCAGAAAGACUGAAAAGAACCAAUGCUCAGGGUGAUCGUGCCAAAGAAGGCAUCGCUAUCAACUCGGGUUUACUUGCUCUUGGCAAUGUCAUCUCGGCUCUGGGAGACGAAAGCCGACGGACGGCCCACGUUCCUUAUCGAGACAGUAAAUUGACACGUCUGCUGCAAGAUUCACUCGGAGGCAACAGUCAAACUCUCAUGCUGGCAUGCGUUUCCCCUGCAGAUUCCAAUUUUAUGGAGACAUUGAAUACUCUCAAAUAUGCCAAUCGAGCGCGGAAUAUCAAGAAUCGAGUCACGAUCAAUCAAGAUUUUGCCGGUAGUUCCAUUGAAGUCAACCAAUUACGUGCUCUUGUCACAAGACUACGCAUGGAAAUCGCUUCUUUACGCGCCAAUGGGGCCGACAAUCCUUAUACUUCACAACGAAAUGAUGAAGCACACGCAUUGCGUGCAGAGGUGGUACGCUUGCGCGAUCGUAUUCAGGAUCUUUCUACCAACCUCAUUCAAGUAACAAGCGAACGUGACACCAUGGUGAUGGAACGUGAACUGGGCGAGUUUUUGGAAAACAAUGACCAGCCAUCAUCCCUCGCUUCACCAGACGCCGCCAACACCGCCAACGAUGAAAACCGCAUUCAGAUGCAUCCCCUGAUUGCUCAAUAUCAAAAGACAAUUCAGGAUCUCCAUAAUGAACUUGCCGAUACCAAGGAUCGAUUGACGUUUUUGGAAACUACUAAACCUUCGUCCAUCCAUGCUAUGGCUUUGGCAAAUGUGUCUACGCCGUCCCAUUCGGCUCUCACUUUCUCUCGACAACGUCAGACACCUCGAUUGGAGCCGAGUCUAUCUACCAGUCAACGUCGCCGCAAACCUAAUCGACGUCGACGUGUGGCCCGUAUGACUCACAGUUCGAGUAGUACAACCACUGGAGCUCGUUCAUCACGCACCGUCAGACGGUCAGCUAGGGGCGCCAAGAAAGUUCGAGAGUCAUCGUCUAUUAUGGACGAUCCCAUGGAUGGUCUCGAUGAUGAAUAUAUUGACGAGGCCCCGGAUCAGGAGAACAUGCAUCAAGAUGUCAAAGAAAGUAUCGCCAAGGCUCGAGCCGAAAUUCGAAAGGGUAUGGAGAUGCUUGAAUUAAUUAAGCCUCUUGAAGACACCGCAAAUGCAUGGGAAGAGGAAUUAAAGGCCUUUGAGGAAGCCGAAAAAACAUUGUAUGGAGGAGAAAAAAUUGAGCGCUCGGGAUCCGAUGAAGGCAAUUUCACAGCGACCUCUUCCUGUGUUGAUCCCAGCGACAAUGACUUUUUGGAUGACAUUGAAGCUCUGGCGGUCCCUUCAUGGAACAAACCGGUCAAACCUAAACGCCCGGUGGACGAAGAUGGUCAAUCUCAGUCAUCCUCCCAGCAAGAUAAGCAAAGCUUGCCGUCUGUGGAUUCAAAAACUUUGUCCUUGGAUGCCGAUGCGCAAAAAUACAAUCCUCAACUGGUCCGCAUGUUUCAUCAGAUUCAAUCCGAUAUUCGUGUCAAGGAGGAAUUGGUCCAGCAUCUUGAAAAAUCCGAAACGGAAUACGCUUUCAUGAAGCGCAAGUUUGAUGACAAGAUCAGCCAUUUGCAGUCGCAGUUGGCGGAUUUGCAGAAGCAAAAGGACACUGCUUUGUCGCGUACCAAAUCGGCCUUCACCAACAAAUCAGAAAUAGCCGCUCAAAUGCGUGAGAAGCAGCAACUGAUUGAAAUCCGUCAUGCCUACGAAGGCAAGAUGAAGAGCUUGCUUGCGGAAAUCUCCGAGCUGAAGCGUAAAUAUUCGCAAACCACCAUGACCAUGCAAGCGACCCGCAACCAGAAUGAGUCUUUAUUGCGAUCGUUGCGUGUGAAUGUCGAGACACUGAAAGUCGAGAAAAAACGUAUGGUGAAGCGGAUGAAGCAGGAAGCCGAACGAGUACGGGAGCAAAUGUCGUUGCAAGAUCGUAAGAUCCAACAAUUGCAACGGUUGAACGCCGAAGCCAACAUGGCACGACGUCGUCUUGAACGUGAACAUGAGGCCCAAAAACUGACACUGAAACGUCGCAACGAAGAAGUGAUCAUGAACAACAAUCAGUUGAAGCAACUCACCAAUAUUCUCAAGAAAGCAGUACGCGAGGGUGGUGUACUGGACGAGCGAUUGCUGGGUAAACUAUCUCAUGUCAUGGGCGGAAGUUUUGCGGCUUUGGCCAAAGGCAAUCUUGGAAGUUUCUCACGACGAACCAGCCGUCAAAAAAAUCCCAUUCCCGUUGCAGUGCGCGCCGCACGCAAGAAGCAGCUAUUGGAUCGUGCUCUUUACCAGUAUAUUCAGGGAAAACAAGCGGUGGUGGAAAUGGAGCAACUACUCUUCCGUCGUGAACGUCUGGCCGCCGAAAAGCUGGAAGUCGUGGAGGAAAGAAAGCAUAUCUAUCUGGCAGAAAAGGAAACCGCCGAGAGUACCGGCGAGCCCAUGGAUACCACCGCCAUUGAAUUUACCGAUGAGCGUAUUGACAUGAUAGAAGCCGAAAUUUCCUACUUGUCGGCACGUAUUCGAGCUCUACAAUCGGAAGCGGCGGGUGAAGUGAUUGCUGACGAUGCUCCUGAAGCCACGGUGACGACUACCGAACGGUCUGAGAAACGCGUCACCUUUGCCGAUGAAAUUGUUACCACGGACACCGCUGCUCCAUCUGCCAACGAUGAAUGGGCGGAUAUGGAUGCUCUCGAGGAACAAUACAACGUACCGAACGCGGCCGCACCCGAAAUUGCGUAUGACGUUACGCUGAAACUGUUGCGAUCAUUGGAACCCGAUGAAUGUCGAACGAUUUCAGAAGCUCUGGUGGAUGAUAUCAUGAAUAUUCGCAUGAGCGAAUGCAAUCGUCAAGUGACCAUGCAAAGCCUUGAAAAGACAGUGCAAGAUUUGCGCCGUACACUGAUUGUUAUGAAACGAGCGGCGAUUGCCACCACCGUCGAGAACGAACGGCGAAUUCGCAAGUUAGAAGAAAAGUCGGAUAAAACCAGUGCCAUCGAUGACAAGAUCGAAGAGUAUAUCAACAAUGGAAACACCAUUUUUGAUAAAAUAUAUGAAGACGGGAUCCGUGGCGUUAUUACGACGCCUGAACCUGGUUUAGACUACAACAUCGAUUCCCCCGGUUCAUCUGUCGUGUCCUUUGGCACCACCGGCAGUGCUGGCAGCCACAGUAACGAGGAUUUGAACCAACCGCCUACACCUGCAUCCCCCUUGACCUCACCCGGUCUCUCUGCCAUGAUUACCAACAGGUCCACCGUGACCGGCGGUGUGCGAGCGCCUGCUUCGUUAACCGACAAGCGCCUCCCCAAUCGCGAUUCUACCCCUUCACCGGAUCGAUUCUACAAUAUGAUCCAGAAACGCAUGUCGUGGCAGCAACGCGUCGGCGGAUCUGAAUCCCCCAUUCCCAUCACGAUGGUCAGUCCCGCCGAAUUCACGCGAUAUACGGCAGACCGUGAAUCAUCGACUUCCUCCAUCCGCAGUAGUCACUUGCGGCGUUCCUCGGUUCAAUCCGAUUAUUCUUCGUCACAAAAUUCCUGGAACCAAACAUUAUCCAGUGCAUCGCAGGGAUCGUUGCGUAAGCGAUCCUUUUCACUUCAACAACCGCCAGUGCCUACACGUCGUCGCGCAUCCUUGCGUGAGCUGUCUCUGUUGGGCACAAACGGCACACCCAUGAUGAUGCCCAAUCAUUCAGAAUACGAUAUGCAUCACGGCGAGCCACCAUCCCCUCAUGCGACAGUAUCGUAUCAGCAACAACGACUACUUCACAAACGAGCAUCCUUCGGACCUUCCGCCAUGGCAAGCAUGGUCAGUAUGUCGACGGCAAUGGAACGAUGCGGCACUCCCUCGGGAGGUAACGUGUUUGAUCGAUUAUCACAAACACCUACGCGUGCCUCUCGGGCCAAAAUGUCCCAUCGUCACAGCAGUAGUAGUAUGGACGACCUUCGUCAACGAUGGGAAACCGAACGAACGACUAGUGCUAUGAGUGGCGUCUAUUACGGUGAUUAAUCCGAAGGAACUCGCUUGUUCUCCUAUUAUCCUCUUAUACCAUACACCUACACGUUUGGCUUCUCUCUUUUUUUUGUACCGAUAUAAUGAUCUUUGCUAUACUUUUUGUAAUUUAUUUUCGUUCCAUGCUUUUUCUGUUGUUCUGUUUCGACAGUCGUACUUGUAAAGAUGUCAUAAACGCAGGAUUUUCCGGUUAGUCAACCGU